AUGGACUUCAUCACCGACCCAGUAUUAGCAGCAACCACUGCCAGAAGUGCCAACAACUCUUCUGAAACCCUUACUGGACCACCACAAUCUUCGAGCACCGCACCAUCAUCUAAGGUGUCCAAUGCUCAACUUAACCAAAAGACCAAUGAGGAGUUUGGCAAGUUUGAAGACAAGAUCGAAGAAACUUACAAUUUGGUCCAGCAGACCACUUCCAGCUGGGGCAGCUCAUUCUCAGGAUGGGUGACCAAAGUGAAGUUGCCAGAAAGCUUUGUGGAAACCCAGAGGAAACUUGAGACCUUGGCGGGGGACGUUGUUGCUCAAGGGAAGAAAUUCGCGGAAAAGGGCAGCGAACAACUUGAAAACUUGUCGAAACAGUUGAAUGAAUCGACCAUUGAUAAUGACCACCACGAUGAUACACAAGACAGAGAUCAGCCAGUAGACGAGGAAAACCAAAAGCAGAAGCAGGCAACCAAGAAGAAUGAAGGACCGAAAAAGAUGUUGGAGCUUUUAUCUUCGGCAACCAAUAGUUAUUUGGAUGAUUUGGAUCAUGAAUUAGAACAAGUGGAGAAGUUUUCGCUCGGAUACGCGAAUAAAUUGGGGACCCUUAUAAAGAAGAAUAUUUUGGAAGACAACGAUGAUGAAACCAUCAGCGAUCAAGCGAUCCAUGAAGCGAACCGUGGGGAUUUGGGCGAUGACGAAGCGGAAAUCUUGUUCAAUGUCCCAGAAAACUCCAAGACCACGAUAUAUGCCACCCGAACCGAUGGUCAAUUACAAGCGUUGCACACCUCGCAAGAUUUGUACAUCACCAACGCCGUUGAUUCUGACUAUGCGGAAUUCGCAAAAGGGUUCAAGAUCGACGAGAAGACCAACGACAUUGCCGAAGUAUUGAAAAAACAUCCUGAAUUGCAAAACCUCAUGGCUAGUCUUGUGCCUACAAAAAUCUCGUACCAAGAAUUUUGGACCAGGUAUUAUUUUAUGUAUGGACAGAUUUUGAAACAGGAAGCGGCUCGCAAGAAAUUAUUACAGAACAAUCACAAUAAUGAUGAAGGGGAUUUCAACUGGGAUGAUGAGGAAGACGAAGAGGAAGAGACCACCAAGAAACCAUCGAAGAGUAGUAAAAUUGAACCACCAGCAGCCGAAUCGAGAACUUCUUCUGAAUUGACUUAUGAGUUGAAAUCAACGAAUUCCUCGACUUUGGAUGUGGUGGCCAGUAAGAAAUCUGAAUCGAAGAAGGAAGAGGAGUACGAUGAUGAUGAUGAUGAUUGGGAGUGA